GCAGCAACUCUUCACCCCCAUCAAAAAUUCAGCUUCCGUUUGCCUCAAAGUUCAAAGGGAGCUUCCUAUAUUUGCAUCACUGUAUUUCAUGUCAGAUUGGUUGGCUGGUCGCUUGCUUGCUUCCUUGUUUUAGUUAAGAAUUAUGGAGCUCAAGCAAGAUAGAUAUGUCAGGUUUGAGGACUGGAGUUCAGAGAGGACAUCUUUCAAUUCCAAGCAGCAAUUUUCUUCAACUCGUGGACUACUUUCUAUAAGGAAACCCAGUCUCGGUUCAAUGGUUAGCAGUAUUAGAAGAGGAUUUGAGAGGGGUUCUGAAAGGAUGAAAAGCUUAAAGAGGUCUCUGAAUGCCUCGCGGACAAGCGAUCAACCAGCAGAAGAUCCAGGCUCUAGGGAAAAAGUUUUUGAUCCUCAGGGUGCAUUUCUUCAGCAAUGGAACAAAAUCUUUGUAGUUGCAUCUAUUAUUGCAGUGUCACUGGAUCCCUUGUUCUUUUACAUCCCUGUUAUUGAUAACAACAGGAAGUGCCUUGACAUGGACAAUAACUUGAAGAUAAUAGCUUGCGUUCUCCGCUCAAUUACUGACUUAUUCUAUACAUUUCAUAUAAUCUUGCAAUUCCGGACUGGGUUUAUUUCUCCGACUUCUCGAGUAUUUGGAAGGGGAGAAAUGAUUCAGGAUUUGUCUGCAAUAGCCAAGCGAUACCUGUACUCCUACUUUUUUGUUGACAUUUUAGCAGUUCUUCCCCUGCCACAGGUGAUAAUUUUAAUAAUUUCCCCAAAAGUUAAUGCCCCAGCUUCAUUGGUUACGAAAGACCUAUUGAAGAUUGCCAUCUUCGCGCAGUAUGUUCCAAGACUUAUUAGGAUAUAUCCGUUAUACAAGGAAGUAACAAGAAAUUCUGGGAUAUUUACUGAAACUCCAUGGGCUGGUGCUGCUUUCAAUCUGUUCCUUUAUAUGCUGGCAAGUAAUGUACUUGGAGCAUUUUGGUACCUGUUCACAAUAGAGCGUAAAGACAAAUGCUGGCGUGUUGCCUGUCAUAAACAAAAUUCUUGUGAUCUUUAUGCUUUGUACUGUGGAGAAAAACAUAAAGGAAAUUAUUCAUUUCUGAAUACUUCUUGCCCUCUCCUAGAACCAGAGCAGAUAAAAAGCCCAAACGACUUUAAUUUUGGCAUAUUCCUUGAGGCUCUCCAGUCUAAGGUAGUUGAAAAGCGAAACUUUUGGGAGAAGCUCUUUUACUGCUUCUGGUGGGGCCUGCGAAAUUUAAGCUCCCUUGGACAAAACCUCAAGACAAGCAACUUUACUUGGGAGAAUCUGUUUGCCAUCUUCAUCUCAGUCAUCGGCUUGAUUUUAUUUUCAUUGCUUAUUGGCAACAUGCAGAAAUAUCUGCAGUCCAUCACUGUUAGAGUAGAGGAAAUGCGAGUGAAAAGGCGAGAUGUAGACCAGUGGAUGUCACACCGUAUGCUCCCUGAAAAUCUUAGGCAGCGGAUUAGAAGACAUGAACAGUACAAGUGGCAAGAAACCAGAGGUGUUGAGGAAGAUUCCCUGAUUCAGAAUCUCCCGAAGGACUUGAGGAGGGAUAUAAAUCGUCAUCACUGCUGGGCUUUACUGACCAGAGUGCCAAUGUUUGAGAAAAUGGAUGAUCGCUUAUUGGAUGCAUUAUGUGAUCGUCUCAAACCUGUUCUUUACACUGAGAAUAGCUGCAUAUAUCGUGAAGGUGACCCAGUAGAUGAAAUGCUUUUCCUCAUGCGGGGCAGUCUAUUGACUACAACCACCAACGGUGGGAGAACUGGCUUCUUCAACUCUGUUUAUCUCAAGGCUGGUGAUUUUUGUGGAGAGGAGCUUCUUACUUGGGCUUUGGACCCCAAUUCCAACUCCAGUCUUCCAACUUCAACCAGAACAGUCCUUGCAGUGAAAGACGUAGAAGCUUUUGCUUUGAAGGCUGAUGAUCUGAGGUUUGUAGCCUCCCAGUUCAGGCGUCUCCACAGCAAGCAGCUCCAGCACACCUUCAGGUUCUACUCCCAGCAAUGGAGAACAUGGGCAGCUUGCUUUAUACAAGCUGCUUGGCGCCGUCAUUGCAGGAAGAGGCACGAGAAGUCCUUGCGAGAUGAAGAGGAUAGACUGCAGGGUGCAUUGGCUAAUGGAGGAAAUUCACCCAGCCUAGCAGCCACUAUUUAUGCGUCGAAGUUUGCUGCCAAUGCACUACGUGCAUUGCGCCGCAACCAUCCACGUACUGCUAAAGUAUCUCCCGUAUUACCUUCUUUACUGCUUCAGAAGCCUGCCGAGCCUGAUUUUAAUGCGGAGGAUCGGCUAUAGUUUUGGAGCCUUUCAAUUGUUUGGUGUAAAGAAUCUUUCGAGGCUGGAGAAGCUUUGUAUGCCUGAGUGGGAAGAGGUUCUCUGUAGCCUCCCAUGUAACUUUUAGUCUCGGGGUAUUUUGUAAAGUAAAACCUUGUUUACUGGGAAGCUCUGUCAUCGAGAUGUGUAUUCAAGUUGAAUGUCACACUCCUGUCGUUGUAGUACUUGCAUUUAUUCUGUACUAACAUAUAAUUUUCAGGAGAAUUCUUCUUCGUCUUCA